AUGGUAAAGGCUUCUUCCCCCCUGGCCACGCUGCUCCUGUGCGCUCUAAAGACAGCCCAUGGGUAUAACGUAAUCGAGAGCAACACGAGUUUUUUGUCCGCCAGUAAAGAUGCUCAGGUGGAGGGGCGUAUUCACAAGGGGGGGCACUUGACGGAUGCGGGGGCGGGAGAGGCCCAAUGGGGGGAAGCUGCACCGGUGGAGUGGCCGGGAGGCGGCAGCGCGCUGGAGAGCGCCGCGGCACUUUUGAAGAGCAGCUGGGCGGAGCAGGAGAGCAGCCAGGUGCACCAUUUCGGAGGGGGCGACCACAGCGGGGAGAGCCCGAAGGAGCAGGCCCCCCAGCAGGGCGCCCAGCGGAGCGGCGGAGGUGGCGACGGAGAGGACGACCGAGCCAAGCUAUUCAGUCUGGCCAUGGAGCUCAAGGAUGGAACAAACAACAGGAAGAAAAACGUAAAUAAAAGCAUAAGGAUCUUCGAGCACCUCAUCCUCGGGAAGAGAGACAGCAUAACCUCAUCGUCUUACUACGAGCUGGGGAAGAUCCACUUCGUUGGUUAUCAAAAUUAUUUCUUCUCCUACAAGAGGAACUUAAAAUUGGGCAUUCAUUUUUUGGAGAGAGCCAGUCGGAUGAGGAACCCGGCUGCUCUGCACUUUUUGAGUUUCAUUUACUUUUUCGAGUUCAACGUGGAGGGGGUGGGUGACCAGAAAAGCAGCCCCGCGCGAGAACCCCCACGUGAACCCACACGUGAACCUCCACAUGGUAGUGAGAAGGGUGAUGGGAAGAGUGGACAGAAGAGCGGCCCCCCCCAUGGUGGUGAGAAGGCGGGGGAAGUCCCCCCGGGGAGGAAGAACAAAACGAGCACUGGCACGCGCAUCGACGUGAGGAGCCCGAAAAGGAAGUACCUCACCAGGGGAAAGACGAAUAGCGGCAGCCCCACACGGACAGACCCCACAGCUAGCCACCACCAACCGACGAGCAACCCACUCACCAAAACUGCCAUGGAAUACGAAUUGCAGGCGUGCUCUCUUAACUACACCCCGUCUAUCCUAACGAUGGCGUAUAGGUACCUCUACGGGGUCAACCUGAAGAGCAGCUGCGAAAAGGCAAAGGACUACUACAAGAGGGUGGCGGAGAGGGUGAUGGACUCAGACUACAUCAACGUGCCUCUAUCCGAAAUGGACGUGUUAAAUGUAGAAAAUCUGAGCAUGCAAAGUGAAAUCAAUGAAAUGAGGGAUAACGAGGAGGACGUUUUGGAGUUCCUAAAUGAGCAGAUAAAGGGGGGAGACGUUAUGGCUAUGUACGAUUUGGGGAGGAAAUACAAAGAGGAGCGAAACUUCAGCAAAGCGUUUGAAUACAUCAGCCAGGCGUCCGAGAAGAACAACGCGCUGGCGCAGAAGGAGCUGGGCAUCAUUUACCUCUACGGCUACGGCACGCAGAGGGACGUGCGCAAGAGCAUCGAGAGCUUCUCCAAGGCCGCCACCGCGGGCGACGUGGAGUCCAAGUGCUACCUCGGCUACAUCUACUACUUCGUAGACGAGCACAGAGACGUGCAGCAGGCGCUCAAGUACCUGGUGGAGGCAGCCAACCACGAUUACGGAGAGGCCUUCUUCUUCCUCGCGGAGAUCAUCCUGGACGUGGCCAUCAAGAAGCACCACAUCGCCGACGCUGUCUACCGUACCAUCUUCAGGUUGUAUGAGCACGCCGCAGACCUGGGCUACGUGCAGGCCUACUUCCGCGAAGCGCAGCUCUACGAAAUAGGCAAGGGGGUGCAGGCAUCGUGCCUGAAUGCGGCUCUCUCCUACAAGUUCGUCGCGGAGAGCACCAUGUGGACCAACCAGAUUAGGGAGGGCAUGAACUACUACGUGCAGAAGGACUACGUGAGGGCCUUCUACACGUACGCCCUGGCCGCGUACGAAGGAUACCAAGUUGCCCAGAGCAAUUUAAUUUACAUCUACAGGAAGAACCGGUUCGACAGGUUCAUCAAGCCAGAGAAGGUCAUGCAGAUGCUGCACCUUCUGUAUAAGCAGGGCAACUGCAAGGCGCUCUACGAAAUUGGGAAGAUUUACCAGCAGGAGAACAAGGACAGCGUGUCCGUUAGCUACCACAAGUUGGGGCUGAACAAGGGCGACCUGCGUAACCUCCUUCCGCUGUCCGCCUACUACGAGAGGAAUAAGGACCCCGAUAGGGCCCUCAAAUACCUCAACUACUUCCUAAAGCAGAGGAGGAGGGAGAAACCGUCCAGCAGCACCAAGGUGGAGAGAAUGAGGACCAUUCUGGAAAGUUCCCUGUUGUAUUUUCGUAAGUUUAAAUUAAUUUUUAAAAGUUUCUACUCGGCGAGACAGAAAAAAGGGGGAGGUACGUAA